AGCUUAUACCUAAUAAUGCAAACACAUUAAAAUACUUCGUCGAAGACUAUCUGGUCCAAAAUAAUGGCCGUAAUGGGUGGUUGGCCGGUUCCAAUAAAACCUCUGUUUCAGCGCCCAAAGGCUGUAGAUAUUUCUUGACCUUCCGAUCCCCUGGGGGUCCCAUUCCUUCCCCAAGUCCGCCCCUGCCACUUUGCUCGGCCGCUUAUAAAAGCCCCCAUUCUCUCCGUGACUCCACAGGCAUUUGAUCUCGUUCCCCUUCUCAAAGCUCUUGCUCUAGGCUAUAACUUCGCUGUAGUAGUGAUGGCUCAGGGAAGGGGCAGUGCAGUGGCUCUCGGGUUGGCACUGCUGUGCCUCCUCAUCCACAGUGAGAUCGCCGAGUCGGCCACUUACACAGUGGGGGAUAGCCGGGGCUGGACCUUCAAUACCGUCAACUGGCCCAGAGGGAAGCGUUUCAGGGCCGGCGAUGUUCUCGUUUUCAAGUACAGUCGAUCAGCCCACAACGUGGUCGCGGUGAAUGCGGCUGCCUACAAUCGCUGCUUGACGCCGAGGGGGUCGAGAGUCUUCAGGUCAGGGAAUGAUCGCAUCACGCUUGCCAGGGGGACGAACUACUUCAUCUGCAACUUUCCUGGCCACUGCCAAGCAGGGAUGAAGAUUGCAGUCACAGCUGUGUGAAAAUUUUAGUCGAGCUUUAUCUACUUUGGUAGUGUGCUAAUAUGUAUGAAGAUGAGGAUCGUGUUGUAUGACGACUACGUGGGUUAUAAUUAAAUAAAAUGGUUGGUGCAUGGCUCAUCAACUUUGUUUCUU